UAAUUAAUGGGAGAUUGGAUAUGAAGACCGAAACACUUAAAUUAAAACAGUUAUACUAACUCUAUGUUUCUCAUAUUUCGAAAUAUUGAACUUAAAAUACAUUGUAGUUAAGUUUUAUAUGCUUAGGUAUCUUAAAUUAAAAAGAUUAGUAAUCUAGAUAGCUGGUUUUUAUCACUUUUUACGACCGGAUGACUACGUUUUCAUAAUGUCUGUUGUUACUUCUAGCUACCCCAAGGAUGCCAAUACUAAGAAAAACGUUUGGAUACCCACCCAUGACACCUAGGCACAUGUACCAAAUUUUAUCCUUCUAGCUGUGAGGAAAGAUAUGAGCACAGUCCAAAAAAUGAUGUAGUGGCUGCUGCUCAGCACUUCGUCCCCGUUACAAACGUCUUGUGGAUAACAUCUUCCCAGCAAAUCCCCAGGAUGGACUGGUUCGUAAUAACAUGGAAAAGCUCACUUUCUAUGCACUCUCAUCUCCUGAGAAGCUAGACAGGAUUGGAGAAUACUUAGCUCAGCGAGUUGCAAGGGACAUUUCUAGGCACAGAAAUGGAUAUGUGGUCAUUGCCAUGGAAGCCAUGGAUCAGCUCCUUGUGGCUUGCCAUGCUCAGAGCCUCAACUUGUUUGUGGAAAGUUUUCUGAAGAUGAUUCAUGGGUUGUUGGAAAGUCAUGAGCCAACCAUGCAGCUUUUGGCAACAUCUUCUUUUGUGAAGUUUGCCAACAUUGAAGAAGACACACCCUCGUACCAUCGACGAUAUGACUUCUUUGUUUCAAAAUUCUCAUCUCUCUGUCACAACAACCACAGUGAUCCAGAGACAAGAAACAAAUUGCGUGUUGCUGGACUGAAAGGGUUGCAAGGUGUAGUGAGAAAAACUGUCAGUGAUGACCUUCAAGUGAAUAUCUGGGAUGAGAUACACAUGGAAAAGAUAAUACCCUCUUUAUUGUUUAACAUGCAGGAAAAUUAUGAGACCCCUGAUUCCCCACAAGAUGAGACCACACCAUGGACAUUGGCUGAAAACUGUCUACGAGAACUGAUGAGCCGGGCUACUUUUGGUCAUAUCCGAUCUGUGAUACGCCCUGUUCUUAAGCAUUUGGAUAAUCAUGAACUUUGGGUAAAAGAAAGUGCAAUCCACAUGUUUAAGGUUAUCAUGUAUUCUAUUCAGGCACAGUAUUCCUAUGCUGUCAUUCAGCUUCUUAUGAGUCACCUAGAUGAAAAGUCUAGAGUGGAUGAUUCAGGACAGAGAAAACCUAGUGCUCGUCCACGUGCCGAUGCUAAAGUACGCCGAGGCAUUGUCACCGUCCUCUCAAACAUUGUUGCUAUAGCAGCUGGAGAGAGUAUUGGCCCAUCAGUGCUUGAAAUUUUUAACUCUCUUCUAAAUCAUCUUCGAAACUCUAUAGAUGUCAAGAAUACAACGCCUGCUGACCAUGAGAAUGAAACACUUCUCCAAGAAGCUGUGAUCAACACAUUAGGUGUGUUUGCCAACAAUUUACCUGACUACCAGAAAAUAGAAAUCAUGAUGUUCAUCAUGGGAAAAGUUCCGUUAUCAGGAGAAGAAUCUCGCAACACAGAUGUUCUAUUACAACAUAUUCUGUUAAAAAGUUUGUUGGAGGUUGGUACUAAAUAUCGAACUGUACAGAUGGCUCAAGCUUUUCCAUCUGCAUUUCUUCAACCUCUGCUAGACAUGUCAUUAGCUACUGAUCCAGCAGUUCGACUUGUUGUUCAACAGAUUUUUCACACUUUAUUAGAUCGUCAUGAGAACUUACCAAAACUUCAAAAAACAAGUGUGGAUGGUCCACUACCUCAAUUGACAGUAGACAAGUGUUCACGUCAGGACAUGAUGUUCAUAAAGAAGAAUGGUCCUGAGAUUAUGGUACACAUUUAUGAAAAUGUCCAGUUGACAAAUAACACGAAGGAUAAUUUUGAAGCACUUUAUGUUACUCUUGGAUUGUUGUGCAUUGAGUUGGGAAGUGAUUCUGAAGCUCUUAUUGAGUUAAUGAGGUUGAUAUUUGCAAUUCAGGACCUACCUAACACUACAAGUGCAAUGACAGCAUCCCAUCGAGCAUCAGUUCAUGCACUGGUGGCAUCUUUCUUGUAUGUGGUUGGCCAUCUAACAGCCAUUCCUUCCUUCUGUACUCAUAUUGAACAGAUUAUUAAGAAUCGUCGUGAGAGAGCUCGACAUCUUCUUCCCUGGGAAGACAACAAACAAGCUCUUAAUUCAUUGCCAGAGGUUACAGAUGACCUUUUAUUUGAUAAAACUGUAGUUGCUGAAGCUCUGCAGAGUAGCGGACAUGACACUUCACGUCUUCUGACCCCUUACAUGCCUCGUAAUCUAGGAGAAGUUAACGUAAACAGAAGUAUCAGUGACCUGAACUCAAUUAAUGUGGAAGUGGAUAGUAUUUCUUCCUCUCCAGGACUUUUCCGAAAACAUCCCCAGGAAGAAAUUACUGUUGCAUCAUUGAAGAAGAUGAUGGCAGAACCUUUAGAUGUUCAACAGGAGGAGGAAAAACAGCGUCGCUUACAGGUUGUAGAACAAUUUCGUACUGCUGCCUUUGAGGAUCUUGUUGCAAAGACUGAGCAACAGACUGUAGAUCUACAAAACAAGCUGAAUGAAAUUCUAGGAAAACUACCACCAGCAAUAGACCUGUGCAGCAGACCUAGCUCUCCACAUCCAUCUGCACACAAUGAUGAUUGCCUUAGACAGAUAUGUCCAGUUCCUCCACCAUAUCCUGUGCAGUUUCCUGAGCUUUUUGUGUUUUAAUAAACCACUCUGAAGUAAGAAUACUGUACAAGUCAGAAGAAUUAUAGCUUUUAUUUGCCAAAGAAUUUUAUACUGUUAUUUUCUUAAUACUGUACUUCAAACAUAACAUUUUCAUCAUUCAGUAAAUUACAGUUAAAACAAUAGAGUGAAGUAAACAAAAGUACAUAAAAAUUGGAUUUCUUAUUCUUCAUAUUAACAAAAAAAGACCUGACAUUUAUAUUGUAUUUAUAAAAAGCUGUAAUAAUUUUACGGUAAACUUUUAUCAUAACUGAUGAAUUGUAUGAUGCUAGUUUUUAUUUUCUCACAUGAAUAUGUAUUUGUAAUUGUAACUAAGAUGGAAAGUAUGUAUGCACCUACAUACAUAAAACUUUUUCAUGUAACUAAAAGUAAGAAUAUUAUAUGCAUGUCAAAAAAUGUAUACUAAUGUGUUUUUAGAAAACAUUUUGUAUUUUAAUAUAAACAUAUUUCAGUGUUUAUUUGUAAUGAUAUUUGAAAGAAGACUAUAGUGAUAUUUGUAAAGCAAUUAGUCUUGUUUAAAUAAUAAUAAUGUCAGGAGGUCAACUAUCAGCAUGAAGUACUGAAAUAAAAAGGUUCAAGUAUUCAGCACUAGUAAACAUAGCAACAGGUAACUGGAAUAACAGUUGUGUAUGCAGAAAAUUUGGUGUUUAUGAAGAAAAAGAAAUCCUAAAAAAAAAGUUUUAGUUUUUUGCUAGUUAGUUGCAGGAAAUGACAAAAAAUAUAUGAUUAGGACAGGGAAACAAGUUUUUGCAGCUUAUUCAUGUAAGAAAAUAUAAAAUUAUUUGAACAGCCCUAAUUAAAAUGUGCAGUUUUGGUAUCACAUGCACAUUUAAUUUUAAAAUUGCUAGUAUAAAAUCAAAAACUUACAAAGUAUAUUUUGCUUUACAGCAUUUGACUUGGGAGUAGAACUAGUUUCUCUCUUGAGGAAGGCAGGACAAGUGUAUUAAAUUAAGCUUUCUCAUUACUUUGCUAUCAAAACAUGUGUGCAUGGAAUUAUCUCUUAUCAUUUAUGAAGACAUGUACUAACAAGAGACAUUAAAAGCACCAAGUGAAAACAAACUGAUAGAUGUUAGGCUAAUGCUGGAACAUUAAAGAUAAUAUGAUUUUUUCUUGUAACAGAGAGAGUUUUUAUUUUCUUAUUGAUAUUGCUAUAAAUAAUGUUCAAGAUGGUUACACAUCUGAAUAUACUUCAUAAAUAUUAAACUACUCAUCAUCUGUAAGUUAGAAUUUUUUAUUUUUGUAAAAAUACAUUUAUUAUAUUGAUAUUCUGAAACAGAACUUAAAACAUUGAAAAUUAAAGUUUGAUAGUAUAUUAUUUUAUGUAUAAAUGGCACAAAUUUGAAAUAUUUUUUGUGAUUAUUAUAUUUGAUUUGAUCUGAAAGAAUUAUAAAAUCUAUGUUAGUGUAAUAAAUUCACUUGUAUUAUUUAUUCAUAGGGCAUUAACUUUUUACAUAGUUUUUGUUAUUCAAAAUGUUUUUCUUUCUGUGAGAAUGAAAAAGUCUUUAUUAGUUUAUUAGGAAUGUCCAUUUCUGUUUCUCGCUAUUCGUCUUCUUGCAUGAAACUAAACCUUAUAACCAAACCAGAUGAAGAGAAAUUCAUAUUAAAUUUUUCAAAUAUACUUUAUGUUGUAACUUUCAUAGUCUUCUUAAUUGAUACAUUAUUUUAAAUAUUUUUAUAUUAAUGUGAAUUAGAACAUAAAUCAAAGUUAAACAGAAUUUUUUUUUUCUUAAGAUUUUAACAUCUGAAAACUUUCAUGUGCAGUUAAUUUAAGUAUUUGCAUAAAACAAAAUGUUUUCCUGUUUUGGCAAUUGGUUUACCUCUAACAUUGAAACAUUUUUAAUGCAGUAUAUAUAUAUCAAAUGUUGAAAGUAGCUGUGUUUUUAGGUUGAUUUGAUGGUAGGUAAAUGAGAAAGUUGUUAUCCGAGAAAGGAAAUUAUUAUGAAGUAAAUAUGCGCUUGAAUAAUAAAAUUGUUCCUUCUUUACCUAAUA